AUGUGGGCCCUGCGGGCCGCCGUCCGCCCGGGGCUCCGGCUCCCCCGCCCGGGCCGCGGCCGCCCCGCUCCCAGGGCCGCGCCGCAGCCGCAGCAGCCGCCGCCGCCGCCAUGCCCCGCGCGCGCGCUCGCCGCCUUCGGCCGCUGGGGCCCCGGAAGCUCGGAGGGACCAGGGAGCGGAGGGCGGGGCCCACGGGCGGACGGUCGCGGAAGCCGAGCGGGAGACGACGAGGAGGAGCCAGAAGAUGCGGAGGAGGAGGAGGAGGAGGAAGAGGAAGAGCUGCUGAGGAGGGACCUGCUGGUGCCCGCAGGGACCCAGCGCGUGUGCUUGGUUCACCCUGAGGUCAAGUGGGGCCCGGGGAAGCCGCAGAUGACUAAAGCCGAGUGGCAGGUGGCGGAGGCCACGGCGCUGGUGCACACGCUGGACGGCUGGUCUGUGGUGCAGACCAUGGUCGUGUCCACCAAGACGCCCGGCAGCAAGCUCGUCUUCGGCAAAGGGAACUUGCAGCACCUGACAGACAAAAUCCGGGGGUCUCCCGAGGUCACGUCCGUGUUCCUGAACGUGGAGCGCAUGUCUGCGCCGACCAAGAAAGAGCUGGAGGCCGCCUGGGGCGUGGAGGUGUUCGACCGCUUCACCAUCGUGCUGCACAUCUUCCGCUGCCACGCGCGCACCAGGGAGGCGCGCCUGCAGGUGGCCCUGGCCGAAGUCCCCCUGCUCAGGUCGCACCUCAGAGACGGCGUCACUCACCUGCACCGGCAGGGAGGCGGCUCCCGCUACAUCAUGGGCUCAGGCGAGUCCUUCCUGCAGCUGCAGCAGCGGCUGCUGCGGGACAAGGAGGCCGAGCUCAGGAGGGCCUUGGAGAGGCUGCGGAAGAAGCGGCACGUCCUGCGCAGGCAGCGCACGCGGCGGGAGUUCCCGGUGGUCUCCGUGGUGGGCUACACCAACUGCGGAAAGACCACGUUGAUCAAGGCGCUGACGGGCGACACCGCCAUGCAGCCCCGGGAUCAGCUGUUCGCCACGCUGGACGUCACGGCGCACGCGGGCUCGCUGCCCUCGCGCAUGACGGUCCUCUACGUGGACACCAUCGGCUUCCUCUCCGAGCUGCCGCACGGCCUGAUCGAGUCCUUCUCCGCCACCCUGGAGGACGUGGCCCACUCGGAUGUCAUCGUGCACGUGAGGGACGUGAGCCACCCCGAGACCGAGCGCCAGAAGGCCAGCGUGCUGUCCGCGCUGCGCGGGCUGCAGCUGCCGGGCCGGCUGCUGGACACCAUGGUGGAGGUGCACAACAAGGUGGACCUGGUGCCCGGGUACAGCCCCGUGGAGCCCAGCGCCGUGGCCGUGUCCGCCCUCCUGGGCCAGGGGCUGCAGCGGCUCAAAGCUGAACUGGAAGAGGCGGUGCUGAGGGCGACGGGGAGACGCGUCCUCACCCUGCGUGUGCGGCUGGCGGGGGCCCAGCUCAGCUGGCUGCACCAGGAGGCCACGGUACAACAGGUGGACGUGGUCCCCGAGGACGGGGUAGCCGACGUGAAGGUCAUCAUCAGCAACGCUGCCUACGGCAAGUUCCAGAAGCUCUUUCCAGGGUGAAAGGACGCCUGGAGGCCGGGGAGCCAAAUCUUUGCAGCAUGGGACGAGCGGCCGCCUCCGUGUGUCUGAGAUCCCGGCUCACUCCUGGGUGUCUGUGGUAGCAACCGCCAGGGCCGGGGCCCCACUGCCCCUGUGGGCAGCCGCAUGUCACCCCCGACGGUCCCGGCCGCCUCGGGGUGCUGGGAACUGCUCGCCCUCCCGGCCGUGUCCACGCACGAUGGGGAAGAUGGUUCUGUGUGGUUCCUCCGGAGCCUGCUGGGCGCCGGGGCCUGGUGGGCGCGUACGGUGGCUUCCACUGCGGUUGUGUUCAUGGGUCACAGACGGCCGGCCUUGCCUUCCCCACGGUGUGGUCAGAGAAACAUCUAGAAACCGGCCUCCUGCCAGCCGAGGACCCCCGUCCGCAAGGGCACAAGAGAAGCAGCUCUGUUCACGAGGAGGCGCCAGACAGGCGGCCGUGGUGUCACAGGCGUCCCCUGAGGGAUGGAGUGACACAGUGUCACCUUCACGGGGCCGGGCAGACGCACCCCUCACCUGCCUGUCAGCUGUCGUUGCCAAUGGGGAAAUAAAACUUCUUCCAUCUUUUGGACGAGCA